GUUCAAAUGGUGAAUGAUAAACUCGCCCACCCUGGCCACUCUGAAAAGGCAAGGGCCAGAGGAGGACAGAGGCUGACUUGUCCUCAAAAGAAAUAGGAGAAGCAGAAAGAAAACAGCAUGUCACUUGCAGAAGUUGCCGCUUCAGCCAAUGGCUUAGGUGAGAAGCGGUUAUAAUUAGAGCUGCAGCCCAGCUAAGUGCUGCUCCCUCCUCUUGGGCGCAGCCGGACCUGAGUGCACACAUGGAACUGAGAGGCUGUUCCGGCCUUGACAUGAUCCUUCUUCAAAGGGAUUUUCUCCUUCCUCCAGGGAGACAAAACCCAUUGAUAUAAAACCCUACUUCCCAUCCACUUGCCCCUGCUAAAUGCCACUCCAGUAGAGACAAGCGUUGAUACGUACAUAGAGGAGAGAAAAAGUGUUUUCUCCCUUUCCUUGCAUUCCCAGCAGCACUCUGUGUACUGCUGCAGCUGAUUCGUCCACAGCCACCUUCCUGUAACGGUUUGUUCACCAUCAAGGGACAGGAGCAGCUGAUGGCGACAGCCGGAGCCAGUAAGAGUUAAGAAGCAGGAAGGACUUGGGAAGCUAUGGGCAGGGCACACAGGCCCCCACCUGGGCAGCACAGGCAUUGUGAAGGAUGCAUCAACCGCCACUGCCAUGUUCCUGUGGAGCCCAGCAUCUCCUGCCUGGUGAUAAAUUGCCGCCUGCUCUGUGGUGCUACCUUCCACAUGUGCAAAGAGGCAGAGCACGAGCUCCUCUGCCCUUUAGAGCAGGUGCCGUGUCUCAAUUCUGAAUAUGGCUGCCCUCUCUCCAUGUCCCGCCACAAGCUGGCCAAGCAUCUGCAGAUAUGCCCUGCUAGUGUGGUCUGCUGCUCCAUGGAAUGGAACCGCUGGCCAAACAUAGAUUCUGAAACCAUCCUUCAUGAGAACAUCAUGAAAGAAAACCCCAGUGAGGAGUGUUUGGACACAGCACUGGCCCUCCAGGACCAGAAUGUUCUCUUCAGAUCCUUGAAAAUGGUAGAACUUUUCCCAGAAACGAGAGACACCACUGAGGAGGAACCAAUGACUGGUGAAGCCAGUUGGGAGGAGAUGGGAGGCGCCGUGGGGGGAAUGGAUGUCAGUUCAGUACCGCAUGGCUGUCUGUCAGUAACAAAUGGGGAGAUGGUGGAGUUAAGUCAGGAAGAACGGGAGAUGUUAGCCAAAACCAAAGAAGGAAUGGAUCUGGUUAAGUUUGGCAAGUGGGAAAAUAUGUUCAGCAAAGAGCACGCCGCUUCUGCUUUAACAGGCUCAGCGGGGAUGUGUGAGACCAAGAGUCGGCAUGGAGCAGGGAAAGACCAGUGUUCUGGUGGUGAUGACCCCACUGACACAAAUGUUGCUACAAGUGGGACAGCACCACAGGAAGACCAGAGGCAGAAGGAAUUUGCCGCGGCCAUGGAAAUGACAGGGCUUGCCCCCUGGCAGGAUGGUGUUCUGGAAAGACUGAAAACAGCUGUAGACCCAAAAGACUAUAACAUGUACCUAGUGCACAAUGGCCGGAUGCUCAUUCACUUCGGGCAGAUGCCUGCUUGUACCCCUAAGGAAAGAGACUUUGUUUAUGGCAACCUUGAGGCUCAGGAAGUGAAGACCGUUUACACCUUCAAAGUGCCUGUGAGCUACUGUGGAAAGCGAGCCCGCCUCGGAGAUGCCAUGUUGAGAUGUAGGCCAAGUGAACACAAGGCUGUGGAUACUUCAGAUUUAGGGGUCACUGUGGAGGACCUGCCAAAAUCAGAUCUCAUCAAGACUACCCUCCAGUGUGCUUUGGAAAGAGAACUCAAAGGCCACAUCAUUUCUGAGUCCAGGAGCAUUGAUGGGUUGUUCAUGGAUUUUGCCACCCAGACAUACAACUUUGAACCAGAACAGUUUUCCUCGGGGACAGUGCUGGCUGACCUCCUAAACACUGGCAACCCUGGGGGACUCCACGUUGAGCUCCACAGUGAGUGUGUGACCAGGAGACACAACAAGAGUAGCUCUGCCUUUACGUUUACCUGCAAUAAGUUCUUCCGGAGGGAUGAAUUUCCCCUGCACUUCAAGAACGUCCAUACAGACAUUCAGUCAUGUCUCAAUGGCUGGUUCCAGCAUCGAUGCCCCCUAGCCUACUUAGGGUGUACAUUUGUUCAAAACCAUUUCCGUCCUCCAGGGCAAAAGGCAAAAGUGAUCUACAGUCAGGAGCUCAAGACCUUUGCCAUCAAGCCAGAGGUUGCCCCUGAGCUAAAUGAGGGAAAGAAUAACCAUCUCUUGGGUGGAAGAAAAAGCCAGAAUUGUUUAACAAGCCUGCCCCUGGAGGUUUUGCAAUACAUCGCUGGGUUCUUGGACAGCAUCAGCCUGUCUCAGCUCUCCCAGGUGUCUGUGCUGAUGAAGAAUAUCUGUGCCACUCUGUUACAAGAGAGAGGGAUGGUCCUUUUACAAUGGAAGAAGAAGAGGUAUUCCCAUGGAGGCACUUCCUGGAAAGUCCACAGGCAGAUCUGGCAGUUCAGCAGCCUUUUCUCCAAAAUCAGGAGCUGGGAGUUCAAUGAAGUUACCUCCAUGUCUGAACACCUGAAGGCCUGUCCUUUCAACAUCAUAGAGCACAAGACUGACCCAGUCCGUUUGACCAGCAUGUGUCAGCCCCAAGAGCAGACACGGGAGAGCUUAGUGUCCACCUUUAGGGCCAGACCACGAGGAAGACACACCUAAAGAUCCACAGGUCACCACUCCGGAAUUUCUUCUUGGAGUUACUGAAAGUAGGACAGUGUGAUUUGAGAGCACCUCUUUCAAUCGCAGAUCUGCUUCUCUAGUGUAUUGAAAUAUGCAGUGUCCUUCAAACCUAGAAGGCCUUAGAUGAACCUUAGGCCUAGAUGGACUAGGCCUAAGAGUUUCCUAAGCUAUGCCUUAUAGUGUGAUAUGACAGAUGGCUUCCCUUCCUUUCCCUUCCUUCUCUUCCUCGUCAUUCCUCUCUUCUCCUUACCUUCUCAUCUCUAUCCUUCCUUCUCCACUCCCCCCCCCCCCUUUUUAAUACAUCGGUCUAAGGAGAAAAUAAGUAACUUGAGGCCAUUUGAAAAAUGAACCCACGUUCUCAGUAGAUGAGAGAGAGAAACUAAAUUCUAUUACCAGUAUAGGACUGUGAUUCCCUUAUAGGGCUUUUUCAUUGAUAGAGUAUUUUCAAAUUGAUGAGGCAAGCAAUACAGAGACAGGAUUAGUAAGAGUUAAUUCUCCAGGCACUCUGGGUGGAGAUUACCUACCUUAAGGGUUCUGGAAUUGGAUCUCUCUUGAAAGUCAUGUCCAGAACUUCUUUCACUCUAUUUCCUAUAAGUCCAUGUGGCCACGGCUUAGGCCCAAUGCAGCUCCCUGGCUGCGCAUGCCAGCCAUUCAGGAAGGCGAUGCUGAGUCAUACACAGGGCUUGCUGUGUACAAUCUUGACAACAGAAAAAGGAAAGUCUUGAGAAAUGAAAGAGAAUCCAAAGGAGACACUAUGUUCAUGUAGAAAAUCAGGACAAAGACCACAGAAGUACUUUGAUCAUCCUGAUAAUGCACAGGCUAGCUCCAGGAGACACAUAUUUGGCGAAAUGUAAGCCCACUACAAUUCUUGUGGCACCAGUUACCAUUAAAUAUCACUUGGUGACUCUAUGAGGGGUCCCGGAGAGGAGGACAUGUAGACAUAAUGGUUCCCUGAAAUUGUUCCUACCAACUGCUGGUCAUGCCUGUCAAAAAUGGUAACUGUUUGGGCAACAAACUGAGCAUUUAGGACAGACAAAAAAUUUUAAAAAUCCACAAUAGAAACUGGCAUGCUCUAAAACAAGAUUUCUCAACUAUGGAAUUGUUCAUAUUUUGAACUGGAUAUUUCUUUGUUCUAUUGGACUGUCUUACAUAAGACAGGUUAUUUAGCAGCAUCCUUGGCCUCUGUUCAUGAAAUGCCAGAAAUACACCAACAGUGAACAACCAAGAAUGAUACUG